CCGCCGUCCAUUUCCAUACAACAAUUUAGUUUCGCUCGAGAUCUCUUGACGUGCGGUCCACGAUCCACCUGAACUCAUCUAUUCUGUUGACUUAUAUGCAACAGGUGGGACUCUCUCUGUUUGUUAAAACCGUUACAGCUCUCAAACAAAUGUGUUGAAGAAUUCGAGAUAUUGAUAUACAUAUUUAUAUAAACAUAUACAUUAAAACUAAAACAGUGAUCUUAUAUUUAUAUAUUUGUUUUUCAAAAAUAUUUCUUUUUGUUUCGUACAAUUUAAAUGUUACGAACAUAAAAUAAUAUUUUAUGUUAUAAAAACAAACUUCAUAAAAAAAAAGACAAAAAAAAAGAGUUGUUUGAAAAUUACCAUGGAUAUGGAGACAUCAUCACAUCUUAGCCAAGAAGAUCUCGGAACCAUUUCACAUCCACUUCAACAUAAUGUAAUCCACCAACCACUGGGUCCUAACUGUACCCAUACUCAAGAGCAAUCACAGAUUACGAAUACGAGCCAGCAUUUGCAACACCACAACCUUUCAAAUCAACAAUUAGCGGCUAUUUCGCCGACAUUGCACAAUCUACAGAAUUCUUCGACAGGUGAUAAUCUGCAUAUUAAUCAUACCCAGCGAACAAGCAUCUACACCUCAACACCUAUGGAUGAAAAGACUAAAGUGAACAAGUUUGACGCAUAUUCAAACAUAAUAUUAAACGGUAUGUCAGAAGUCCCAACGACACCGUUAGUGGGCAAUGUUAUGUCACAAAGCCAGGAGUGGAUAAAUUCUAUGAACGAUACGCAAAAUGCAGCUGAAGACUCUCAUAGCUCCCAAGGAAGUAUUUCGGGAGACGGUCACGGCGGAGUUAAUCAGCUGGGGGGAGUUUUUGUCAACGGGCGCCCUUUACCUGAUGUCGUUCGACAGCGCAUUGUGGAACUAGCUCAUAAUGGCGUCCGACCGUGUGAUAUAUCACGGCAAUUGCGUGUGAGUCACGGCUGUGUAUCUAAAAUCUUAUCAAGGUAUUAUGAGACUGGUAGUUUUAAGGCUGGGGUUAUUGGCGGCUCCAAACCAAAAGUGGCCACUCCCCCAGUGGUUGAUGCUAUUGCCAACUAUAAACGGGAAAACCCUACUAUGUUUGCAUGGGAAAUACGUGAUCGGCUUUUGGCGGAAACUAUAUGCACCCAGGAUAAUGUACCCAGUGUUUCUUCGAUAAACCGUAUUGUACGAAAUAAGGCUGCUGAGAAAGCAAAGCACGUCCAUCAUCAUCAAACGCAUCAUGUGUCGCAAAGCCUUAGUGGAGGACCUGUAACCACGGAAAGUCUCGACGGCAGCACAGGUACAAAUGGAGACCCUCAGGCUCCAUGUGGUACUAGUACUAGUAAUGGAAGUACUAAUUCGGCAAAUACAAACUCAGCGACAACUACAAUUCCUCUCGGCCCGGUACCGACAAAUUCUACUACUGAUUUGACACAAGCUCCAACAAGACAACUCAACAAUAAUGGCAAUGCCAUUCUUAAUCAUUCAGCGCCUGAACAACGCACGGCCGGAUAUAGCAUAAAUGGUAUUUUAGGAUUACAACAGGAUCAUCUUUCCCAUAACACCAACAAUAUGAACAGUGCCAACAACAAUGGAACAGAUCCUAAUUGUAAGCGCAAAAGAAUAGAAGUCCAUGAUGAGAAUCGGAACACCAAUGUUUACUCAGAUGAUGAACUAAAACGACAACGAACAGAAUACAACAGCGACCAAGUUUAUACUAAUAUAUGGUCAGGUAAAUGGUGUAUUAAGGACGAACACAAGUUUCUUGCGGAAUUGGGAAAUUUAGCAGGAACUACAAAUAGCGCAGUGUCAUACUACGAAACAUCGAACGGAUACUCAGCCAGCACAUUGGCAGGAUCUACCACUGCGCUAUCUGGUAAUGAUACAUCAAUUUUGUACGAUAAUGUUUCGCAAGCGCAAGGUUCACUCUAUACUCAAGCCAUCGGUCAAUCACUAGGAAACAAUUCACUGACACCUUUAGUGCCUAUAAGUUUGCAUGAUAUGAAACAUAGCGCAAACACAGUUCAAGAACAAGCAAUCACACCUUUUUACACAGCUAUAGCCUUCGACGCAAACUACACUCAACUGUCUUUACUAGAAAAAGAAUCAACAGCAACAGUUGCACAAGGAAGCAUUGUUUUAACGGAAUCUUCCAACUCAGACAAGCUGGGCCGCAUAAAUUCUUCUAGAAUUAUGUAUACCCACUCUGAAAGAAAUGGUAAUCGCGAAGGUCUUACAAAAGAAUCAAAUGAAGAAGUAUCAAGUGGAGAAUAUAAUGUCCAAAAUAAGACGACAAAAUCUGAAAAGCUCAGUAUAAACACUGAUAUGCAGGAGAGUAACCUCAUAAGCCCACAUAUUCAACAAACAACAGCAGGACUUUUAAGGGGAAGCAGUCAAAUUGAAAAUUCGACAACGCAUGCCCCUUCUCUAAUCCUUCUUCAACCAAAUGGAGGAACGUCAUCUUUAUGUAUCAACGCACCUGAUAACCCCUUAGAAAUUGAAACGGGCCUAAACAGUAAUGUAGGAAAUUAUUCAUCAGCAACAACAAUGUUACCCAGUUUUAAUCAUUAUACCCCAGGUUGUAGCUCUGUUGUAUCCAGUUCAGAUUACACUUAUAAUCCUGCUUAUACGCAAUAUGGGGGCGCAUAUGGAUCAUAUGGAUAUGGGACCAGUGGAGGAUUAAUAAAUUCAUCAUACUACUACGAAAGUGGACAAACACAAUCGGCAUUAGCUCAAGAACUCCGCUCACCAUUGGCCGCAACGCGAGCCAACUCAUUAGUAUCGGCUGCAUCGCCUGGAAGUGGUAGUGCCUGCACCAAAUCGGAAGCCCCAGACAUAUUCCUUGUUUAAUGGAUAAAGGAUAAAGCUAUGGCUAAAAAUAAUAUUAUUUUUUAGCUAAAAUUUCGUUAUUAUGUUUUUGAACCUAACUGAAGAAGACUCAGAACCAUUUUCUUGCAGCAUUAUAAAUUAAUCAUAGGCUUAUUUUGAAGGCAAAGAUUAAAUCAAAAAUAUUCCAAGAUCAUUUGCAAUUUUUAAAAAGAUAUGAAUUAAGAAAAUAACACUACUAAAAAAAAAACGUUUUCUUGCAAUUGCUUAACCUAUUUAAACAGGUAAUCAUACUCAAAUAAAGUUGCAUUUAUUUAUUUAAGUUAAACUUUUAAAUUUUUGCAAUAUUUAAAAAAAAUGAAAGGACUGCCAAAAAAUAAAAAAACUUCACUUUUCGUACUAGGUACAUAUUUUUAUAUGUAUGAUAAAAAAAUACCAAACCAUCACCUACGGAGAAACCAACCAAAAAUCACAGGAGUUUUUUAAAAACUUAUUAUUUUUAUUGUAAUGUUAAUACAUAACUGGAUUUCUGUAAAUAAGUAUAUUAGUAUAUUAUUUCAAGAUGCACUAAAUAUGACUUAAAUUAAAAUAAAAAAAAUUUUUCAUCACAAGAAAACUAUUGAUACAUAAAUCAAUAGUGAAAAAUUAUUCGGACGAAAAGUGUUGCGAUUUGUAUUAUUAAAAUAGGUUUGCCGUUUAAUAAUAUAAUUUUUAUUAUUUCAUUAUCAAUAUUAAACUUUCUGUCACCAAAGUUAUAGUUAAGAUAUCUGUAUGAAACUAGACAUUAAAAUUGUGUCGUUGUGGUUUCUGUCGUUUCCUAAUAGGAAGCACUUACAUCAACCGAACCGCUCAAAAGAGUUUGUGAGUCUUAUUAUUUUUCUUAUUAUUAUUUAGUCAAUGAAAAUUAUACGAUGCAUUCGAUUGAUCGAUCGAGAUGCAUAUUUCGAUCAUA